AUGGGCAUCAAACACCUCAACAUGAAGGUGUUCGCGAUUACCGUCUUCCUGGCGCUCGUAGCCACCACCUACGCCGGUUACAUAAGCAGUGGUUGGAGUAGCGGCGGUGGUGGAGGUGGCUGGAAGCUCGGCGGAGGUGGUGGUGGCUGGAGCGGCGGUGGUGGAGGCGGUGGAUGGCCUAGUGGCGGCGGCGGUGGAUGGAGCGGCGGCGGCGGUGGUGGCGGCGGAAAAAUCAUCAAGGUGAUCACCGUGAGCGGCGGAGGCGGUGGAUGGCCUAGUGGCGGCGGCGGCGGAUGGUCUGGAGGCGGUGGCGGUGGAUGGCCCAGCGGUGGUGGAGGUGGAUGGAAAAGCGGCGGUGGAGGCGGUGGAUGGAGCGGCGGUGGCGGCGGUGGAUGGAGCGGUGGUGGCGGCGGUGAACAAAACAUGGAAUAG